GUCAACUUCAAUGCUUCCUCUAGCUCGGCAAAAAAUGAAAAAAAAUGUCUCCUGAAAAUCAAGGACUUCUUCACAAACAAGAACUUCUUCUAUUCGCAUAAAUGACGACAAGAACAACUAACACAAGAAAAAUACGAUGAAGAUAUCGACACCCUCUGCGUCUCUGUUUCUUGUAGCAGCACACGCCCUCAAAUGAAGAACAAAGAUGAAGGUAGAAUUUCUGGAUAUGCCAUCCUCGUUGCGCGUGCUCGUGGGAAGAAUAAACGACCUGCCAAUCGCUAUCAAGGAAAAUGACGCAUCAACAGCAAGAAGAUGAACUUUAGUGAAAUUAAUUUCUAAAAAAACUUCAUCAAAAAAGGAAACUACAAGUACACCAAGUUGUAGCCAUGAACACACUCGUCCACAAAAAUGCGCUCGAUUACCCGCAAAUAUUCUUCAUCAGGACAACAAGUACUCCCCAAGAAUAAAAGCGACAAACUAGAAUUACCCGAGGAAGAGGAGCAGGGUGAACAUCCUCGCACCAGAUAUCCGAAACCCGGCAAGAGUUUUGCAUCGUCCCGGCAAGAACAGGGGUAUGCGUAUGACAAUUACAACUACAGAAGAAGUAGUAGUAGAGCACGUAUUGAUAGAAGCAGUAGAGGUAGUUACCACACAUCUAACAACACACCUAGUUCUGCUCGAGGGUUAUUGGAGCACGGACGAGAAGGAGUUGCCCCAUGUUCCAGUAACUCUAGAACUCGAAGACAACUAGAAGAACAGAGUCGGAG